CACCCAAGGUCUGCGAUGCCUGCAAAAACAAAAAUGAAGACGAUAACGACAUUGUGGAAAACCUCUGCAAAAAUGACUUUGCCUUGAAGAUAAAAGUGAAGGAGAUUGCCUACAUCAAUGGGGAUACCAAGAUCACCCCAGAAACAAAGAGCAAAACCAUCUACAAGCUGAAUGGGCUGACGGAAAGGGACCUGAGGAAGAUCGUGCUCUGGCUCAAAGGUGGCCUCCAGUGUACCUGUGACGAAAUGAACGACAUCAACGUCCCCUACUUGGUGAUGGGGCAAAAGCAAGCUGGGGAACUGGUGAUCACCUCGCUGAAGCGGUGGCAGAAGGGGCAGCGGGCUUUCAAGAGGUUCUCCCGCAGCAUCCGCAAACUGCAGUGUUAGUGGCUUUGGCUCUGGCCACCUCCAGCAGCCACCUCUGUCCCAAGCUCUCUGGGCUUCCCGCACCUUCUUGCUUCAGCCCCUCUAAGCCUUGCGAUGCCAUGGGCAUGAGACAUGGUGACCGCUCUCCAAGAGGGGAGGGAGCCCUCCAUUUUUGUACAUAGGUUAAAAUGUAAUAAAAAAAAUCAUGACUAUUUUUGGGAAGUAUUAAAGUAUCUCGCUUAACGCUAUUUUUUUUUUUUUAUGGUUGCAAAUGUGACUUUGGUCUGAGGUUGUUCCCUCUUCAUUUUGGUAAUGCUGGUUCAUUUAUAUUGUUGCUUCUCUGUAUACAUGCAUGUUUGUUGUGCAAAAGUAGGAGAUGCGGAGAAAGACAGCCACGUGUACAACUGGCCUGUCACACUGGGUAUGACUCUUUCACCGAGGUGAAAUGGCUUGCCAUCUAUAUUAACACUAUAAAGGUCAUGUUACAACUCUUGCAUGUGAUACACAGGCACCAGGAAGAGUAUAUUAACCAUUCUCACAUUUUACUUUCCACAAGUCUGAGCCCUUCUCUUUCAAAAAAAAAUGAGCAAGUUUUGGAGCUGGUUGAUCUGAAUGCAACUUUUUAUUAUUAUUUUGAAAUUAAACCAUCUGUAGCCUAACUGUAAUAUACCUAGUGGUUAACCUUGAAGAGUUGUAAAAUAUUGCUUUAAUUAACCUUGUAAAUACUCCAGAUAAAUGUUAUAUUCUUGUAUAUAAACUUUACAUCAUAGUUUA